AUGGUCAUCACCCUUUCGCUCUCUGGCAUUCACCCUCCUUCUCCCGUACACCUCUCUUCCGUACCCCCCUUUCGCCCCCACCUGUCGUCCUCUAUUUUACGCCCUUCUGCCCCCUGUCCCCUCUCUGCCUUACGCUCUUAUUCCCCCUCUCCCCACUCUGCUUUACCCCCUUCUUCCAUGUUUCCACCCUCGGUGCUUUACGUCCUGCUUCCCCGAUUCCGCUAUCUGCCCUACCCCCUCUUUCCCUUCUCCCCACCCUCCGUUACCUCUCCUUCCGCCUUUCCACCCACUCUGCCUUACACCCUGCUCCCGCCUUUCCCCUUCCUGCCCAUCUGCGCCUUCAUCUCAGUAUGGAGUGUGGAGCAAAUGUCACAUCAAGGAGGCACGGGCAGUGGCACGGCCAAGCGCAUCCGGACUGGAUGGCCUGCUAGGUAA